ACUCAUAUGGAGUAAUGAGCAGAAGUGGGAGGUGUAGUCACACGGCUCUGAUCAGGCUGGUGUCACAUGGUUUGUGUUUGCAGUCACUUCAAAGCGCUGGACUAACUUCUGUUACACAGUUAUGAUGAAAGUGUUUCAUGCUUCCUUUGUGAAAUACUGAAAACUACAGAAGAAACAUUUAAUCGCAAAGAGUGAAACAAUGGAAAUACCAGCCAUAAAUCUCAAGGCCAUCGUGUUGGUUCAUUGGAUACUGACAGUCUGGGCAUGCUUGUAUCCCUGGCUUCCUACGUCUUAUGUGUUAGGGAACGGUAGUGUUCUUGCAGUGGGAGUGUGGGCCAUAGCACAGAGAGACUCCAUAGAUGCUGUAUUAUUGUUUUUGAUCGGGUUGGCAGCGACCAUCUUGACUGACAUUGUUCAUUUUGGUCUGUGCUAUGUGACGCCUGCAAACCUGCCGGAUUUGUUCCGAUUUAGUGCAGGCAUGGCCAUCCUGAGCCUGGUGCUCAAACCUGUUUCCUGUUUCUUUGUCUACCAGAUGUACCGUGAGCGGGGUGGCGAAUACAACAUCAACUUUGACCUGGAAACAUCCGUGGACAGUCGCUGCACCACAGACAGUGCUGAUAGCACAUUGCUCGGCCGUCGCUACUGAACCUUCGCUCCUUUUCCUCCUGCAGUCCUGUACAGCUUCCUCUAAAACAGGAAGUUUUCAUCUCUGAGCUGCUGUAGUGAAUUGUUGUGGACUCCUUGCUCUUCUUCAAAUUAUGUCUUGGUAUUUAUGUUUUGCAGCACUUCAUAUUACUAGUUCCUGUUAAUAUCCCUGCAUUUGAUUAUCUCCUGCAAGUAUUUCAUUCUUUGUGCUUUCCUUUUGCUUGAUGUUCAUGACAUUCUUUUACUCUUUCUCUUUCUCUCUCUUUCUGUGUGUGUGUGUGUGUAUACUUGAGGUUUCAGAAAAAUAAUCAAUUGUGUCAAGAUUUUAAUACAGAAAACACUGCUGUGUCAAGAUUUUAAUACAGCAGUACACAAAAGGUUUAUAAAUAUAUAAUGGUUUAAUAUGAAAUAUUUGCUGCGAUGGACUAACCACGCAUCCAGGAUGCCCAAGACACUGGGAUAGGCUCCAUGCAUCCUGUGACUCUACAUAGGAAAAGGACCUUAGAAAAUGGAUUGAUAAAAUAUUUUGAUUAAAAUUCAUUUCUUAAUGUGCUUUAUUUGUUCAUUAACUUUUCUACUAUUCUAUUAAGUGUUUAACUAUCAUUAAACAGUGAGGAAUCCAGCACAUGGUAAAAGAUGUAAAAGUAAAGUUAAAGGUGCACUCAGUCAUUUUUAUGGCCGAUAUAGUUGUCUUGUAUUUGUACAGUAGCAAGUAGAAUACAGCAUUGUGCAAAAGGAAAUAUUUCCAGUUACUGAUUGUAAAAAUUCAGUCAUUCAGUAAUCCAUGAGUGAAAUUAUCCAAUAACAGAAUGUUACCAAGAAUAGACAAGUAGUAUUCAGUUGGUCAUGUUACACUGAAAAAAUGGUAACCUAAAAAUUGUGCUUCAUGUGGUAACAUCUGAAUUAAUUGGUUUUAUUUAAAUUUCUGAAUCAACCUAAAUAUAUUAGGUUACACCAACAAAACUAAAUUUUAGGGUAAGAUCAGGUAGAAAUAGCUGUUUAACGUAUCAAUUGCAGGUUGCCACAUUUUACAGCAUUUUACAAAAUUAGCCUACUAUUAAUAUAUUAAACAUUUUUAUUGGGAUAAAUAAAAUAAAAAAAAAUAAAAAUAAAAAAAAGACUGAGAAACAAAUUCAUGUUGUUAUUAUUCUUUUUUAAUGUUAUAAUUGAAGUUAUUAUAAAUAUAAUUAUUAAUGCUGUCAAUAGAUUAAAAAAAAAAAAAAAGAAUUAAUCGCACAUUUCUCUGUACUUAAUUACGAUUAAUAGCACCUAACAUUAAAGUUUUUAAUAUGUUUUUAUAUUGUCAUACUUCCACAUUGAAUAUCCAAAAUGACGUAAACAACAUUUGUAUUGUGUUGGUUGAGGGUCUGGUUCUGUGUCUUUGUGCCUGUAAAAUUUGAAACCUCCAAGAAGAUCAUUAUAAACCACACCAUGUUUAACACAAGGCUUUAUCAUCUAGCUGUUGGUAGUAUUUUCUGCUUGAAUGGUCACAUAAAGUGCUGAUGUACUGCACUGUAAGCAGUCAAUAUUUUCCUGAGUUUUUAUUGCACAAUAUAAGGGAAUUGUGUUAUCUUAAAUUAUUUAUCGACAUAGGAUUUCUUAGGUAGUGUUUUAAUAAAUGGAUGCAAUAGCAAAUU